AUGGCAUUUCCUGGAGGAGGUAUUAAUAAGUAUGAAGAUUCCUCACAAUUUUGUCUCAUGGAUAAUGAUUCUGUCAAAAUAGUUUCCUACUCUAUCAUGAUUAAUGGUUGUCCUCGUCCUACUUUCCAGGAAAAUAGGGGGUUGAGGCAAGGGGACCCUUUAUCUCUUUAUUUGUUUGUCCUUGUUAUGGAUUACGUCACUAGGCUACUGAAGAAGCUGAUAACUCAUUCAAAUUUUAAGUUCCACCGUAGAUGCCUAAAACAGCACAUCAUACAACUCAAUUUUGCUGAUGAUCUGUUGAUGUUUAACAAGGGAGACUUAGCAUCAGCUACUAAAUUGUAUGAAUGUUUCAAGGAAUUCUCAAGUGUGUAUGGACUUAACAUAUCUGGGAAUACCUCUGAUUACAAAGAAGUUGUCAGUAGGACAAUGUCAGCCACUCAUAGUUAA